AAAUAUCGGCUUUCUGAAUUUAAGGGGAUUCUGAGCACUUGACUGGAUGUAAAAUUAAGUUAAACUGUUCAAGUUUUUAAGUAAAACUCUUCUGAUCUAAAUAUUAUGUUACGGUGAAAUAAGUUAAGCAGCUGGUCAGAGACCUUCUCGCCAACUUCCAGCUUAAAACAAGGAAAGUGCCAGCAUAUCAUUUUGCAGAGAAAAAGGAGGGGCGCUCAGUUUUCCCCGGCAGUAAAAAUCGCCGAGAGACUCCGGCAGACUUUAAGUUUGUGUUUCUGUAGGCUUUGCUGAGUCGUUUUCUUGUUUUUAGGGGUGUUUUAGCUGCAGUUUAGAUGAUGACGGGACUUCGGCUAAACUGGGCUCCUCUUAAAGAACCGCUAGGUUUUAUCAAAGUCCUGGAGUGGCUGAUGGCAGUCCUUGCCUUUGGAUGCUGUGCUGGAUACGUGGGGAGAAACGUGGCCUCAAUCUUCUGCGGCGGAGGCAGAAACGAGACUCUGAAUGUAACGUUUAGCUACCCGUUCAGGUUGAACCAGGUGCUGCUGGUGGAGACCAACGGGACCCUCUGUAACCACACAGUGCCGCAGACCCACCUGGUGCAGGACGUGUCCUCGUCGGCCGAGUUCUUCGUGGCCGUCGGCGUGCUGGCCUUCCUCUACUGUCUGCUGGCGCUGCUCGCCUACGUGGGGUACAUGCACAUCUACAGGGACUCUGACCUCUGCCCCAUCGCCGACUUUCUGAUGACUGUGUUCUUCGCCUUCUUCUGGAUGGUCUCCUCUUCGGCUUGGGCGAGGGGCCUGCAGCUCGUGAAGGAGGCCACGGGCACAGAGGCGGUCAGGGCAAUACUGCCCCUCUGCCACGAGUUGGGCGUGACCUGUGAGGUCACCGAUUACGCCAGCAUGCGGAGCCUCAACAUCUCUGUGGUGGUCGGCUACCUAAACAUGAUGGUUUGGGCGGGAAAUGCUUGGUUUGCCUACAAAGAGACACGCUGGAGCACCCAGAAGGCCUCCUCCCAGCCGGGGGGGCGUGCCCAAGCCCCCGCACCUAUCUAACCUCAGCUUCUGGGAGGUGCCCUCUGUCUCGGGCACCUGGUGGUGGGGGAGAGAGGUCUUGUCCCCCUCCCCCCGCUGGGGCUGCGGUACCUACACCUAUGUCUGCCUGAAUAUCUUCUUCCUGGGAUUCUCGCUCUGUAGCAGUAGUUGUUAUAAAAUACCCCAGAAACAUUGUGAACAAAAGGUACAAGGUUUUUCAUUAUACAUUAAAUGUUUGUUUUUCUUUUUUUUUUGGGGGGGGGGGUCUGUUUUUAAUUCAAUUUUUCAUUUUUAUUUUUCUCUUGUUUUGUUCUUUUCUUCUAUUUAAACAUUUUUAUUGCAAUGUCAGACUUUUGGGAUUGAACUUUGGCUCAGUUCUUCAUUGUUUUAGAUCUCUGACCAAAAGAAUGCUUUUUUUGUUUUUGGAGUUUCGCUCAUAAUCUUUGAAUGAGUUAUAUCUUCAGGUGACACUCUCGCUUGCCUCUCUAAUGCUGCCGUGCAGUGACUCAGCAGGACCGGCCGUCCAAAUGGCGCGUAACGCCUUGGCGUGUCAGUGGGCGUGCUCUCUGAGGCCAUUCACAGCCUCUCUCUCUCUCUCUCUCUCUCUCUCUCUCACUCUCUCUCUCUCUCCCCCUCCCUCACCUGCAUUGCUUAGCUUUAAAAACUCACCUUUAAAUGAUCAUAGCCACAGAAGACAGCUUUGGCAGUCCAUCUAUUUGAAAUCAGGCCCUUACACAUUUGAAUUAUUUUAACUCAUUUUUCAGACAAAUUCAUCCCAACACUAGAGGAAAAAGGUUACAAUUUAUGGUUGACCUUAGGGAUUCGAGCCCAUAACCUGUGCAUCAUUAGCACAGCACUGUCCUUCUUGAGCUACAGUAUUAUGUGGAUGACUGUUGCUUAUUUUAAUUUAGCCCUGCCACAGUCCCAGACCUGGUGAUCAUGCUGAAACGCACUCUUGGAAUGUUCUCUGCACCACAUAUGGGAGGCUUCAGCGUGGUGAUGUAUCACUUUGGAGGUGGUGUGCAGUGACUCUCCCCGCUGUGCGUAGCAUGCGUACUGUAACCGUGGUUUCUGAAGAGGAAACCAGUGACCUGCAUAUCCAGCAUAUGAGCCCAGCUUGGGAAACCACUCCUUCUUAAAUAGUAGUAGUAUUUUAUUUACUCGUGUAAAUUUUCCACUGUAAUAAGCAUAUUAAUAAACUGAAACACCCCCCAAAGAGAGCUAUCUGGGACAGCAGACUGUCCCAGUGUGCAGCUCCUCUCUCGUCCUUUUUAUAGAGUGUUCUGUUAGUGAAUUUCCGGAAUCUUUUGGAAAUCGUGGCACUGCCUUUUAUCCUCAGUGUGUCAUUUUCCACUUGUGUAAAACACUGGGAUCAGUUCCGAAGUCGCCAUUUAAUCUCACAUUUGCAUUAGUUCCCAAAUGACUGUUAUUGCUGUGCCAAAUGACAUUUAAAUACCUGCUUUAAAAUAUUAUUUGUGCAAUAAUUUGUGGAACUGUUAUACAACCUGCGGUACAUGCUGUGAUGUAAAAUAACAUCGAAGGUCUUGUGAAUUCUUUCGGGGGCUUCGUAUCUUGUCCGGAGUAACUGGGCCCUGUGUAAGUGUCUCAUGGACUGGUUUUGAUAUUUUAUUUUUGAGCAUUUCCAUGGUGCGAAGCUGACAGAACCAUUGUGGGCUGCCUCUCUCUGCCAAACAUACCAAAAUAAAGCGAUUUUUGGCCUCCUGUCCUCAAAUCCGAGACGGUGUGGGAUAAACGGC